AUGCCUCUCAAAAGUACUACUGAUGAACAAACUUUACGUUCAAAUACAUAUCGUUUACAUGAAUUCGAUCCUACAACAUAUGAUUGGGAUGAUUGGGAGAUCCUUUUCGAUACGUACAUUAACGUUGAAGAUGUUACGGAUGAUACAAAAAAAAGAAAUUUGCUUAUUACAGCUCUUGCUGUACAACCAUUUAAAACACUUAUUUCUCUUUGUAAACCAAAGAAACCUACUGAAUGUACGUACCAGGAUUUAAUUCAAAAACUACGCAUCAAUUACGCACGUGUUACAUUUCCAUCGACUGAAAGAGUUAAAUUCUUCGCAACACGCCAAGAAUCAUCUCAAACUCUUACUGAUUUUGCAAAUUCUUUACGUGAUAAAAUGGAAACCUGCAAAUUUCCAAGUGAUUUUUAUGAACAAGCAUUAAUUACAGCUUUUGUUGGUGGUUUAAAUAAUGAACAUGUUCGAAAACACUUGAUGCAGAAAAAUUUAGAAACAUUUGAACAAACACUUAAUACAGCACGUACAUUUGAAUCAGUUCUUAUUCAAGGAGCUAAUGCUAAACAUGAUUCAUCACAUGAAUUUUCUGUUAUGAAAAUUCAGAAACAGCACAAACCAGCUCCAAAGGUUAAUCCAAAAUCAACUUGUUUUAGUUGUGGUUCAAAAGAUCAUCCUCGAUCCAAGUGUCGUUUUCGCAACGUCACUUGCCAUAAAUGCAAUAAAGAAGGUCAUAUUGCUAAAGUUUGUCGUUCAAAAGUAACUUCAAACCAGUUCAAGGUAAACACUGUAUCUUCAGUAUCAAAUAAAUCAUUUACAGAUGAACAUCCAAUACAAGUUCCUAUUGAAAUAAAUGGUGUACAAGUUAAUUUUGAACUUGAUACUGGUUCUCCUAUUACAAUUAUAAAUCCACAUAUUUGGGAAUUAAUAGGAAAACCAAAAUUAUAUCCAGUUAAAUUAAUUUAUAAAAAUUUUUCUGGUCAUCCAAUUCAUUUUAAAGGUGAAAAUAUUGUCCAGGUGAAGUACAAAAAUCAAUGUACCGAAUUACGACUUAUUGUUGGUAUUGAUAAUUCAAAUAAUAUACUUGGUCGUAAUUGGAUUAAUGUUUUUCACCUUAGUAAUCAAUCAUUAGAUGAUAUUGGUAAUAACUCAUCAAUUCAAAAUGUUAAUUUUGAAUUUAAAAAUUUAAAUGAAUUAAUUACUCAUUAUGAUGCUAUAUUUAAACAAGGUUUAGGUUGUUGUAAAAUCAAAGCUCAUCUUCAUAUUAAACCUAAUGUUCUUCCAAAAUUUUGUAAACCUAGAUCUUUACCGUUUGCUUAUCGUGAAGCUGUUGAAAAUGAUCUAAAUCGACUUGUUAAUGAAGGUGUUUUAGAACCAAUUACAAUCUCAAAAUGGGCUGCACCUAUUGUGGUAGUACCUAAACAAGGUGGUAAAAUUCGAAUUUGUGCUGAUCUUAGUACUGGUGUUAAUCAAGCAUUAGAUAUUGAUCAAUAUCCUCUUCCAAAACCAAAUGAUUUAUUUGUAGCACUUAACGGUGGAACAUUAUUUAGUAAAAUCGAUUUUUCUGAAGCUUAUUUACAAGUUGAAUUAGAUGAUGAUAGUAAAGAACUAUUAGUCAUCAAUACACAUAAAGGUUUAUUUCGAUUUAAUCGAUUACCGUUUGGUGUUGCUUCGGCACCGAGUAUCUUCCAGAAAAUAAUGGAUCAAAUGUUAUCCGGAUUGGAAGGUGCUGUUUGCUAUUUAGAUGAUAUUAUUGUUAUGGGAAAAAACAAAAUAGAUCAUUUAAAUAAUUUAAAAAAUGUUUUUACUAGAAUAAAAGAUUAUGGAUUUCAUAUUAAUAAAAGUAAAUGUAUUUUUCUACACGAUCAUGUUGAAUAUUUAGGUUUUGUUGUUGACAAAAAUGGUGUUCAUUCAUCUCCAUCAAAAACAACAGCUAUUAUCAACAUGCCAAAGCCUACUAAUGUUUCUCAAUUACGUUCAUUUUUGGGUAUGGUCAAUCAUUAUGCUAAAUUUAUUCCAAAAUUAUCAGAUCGAUUAUUACCCUUAUAUUCAUUAUUAAAGAAAAAUAUUCCAUGGAAAUGGGAUCGAUUUUGUGAUAAAACCUUUACAAAUAUUAAACAAAGUCUUACUUCUCCACUAAUAUUAACACAUUAUGAUCCUGAUCUUCCAUUAGUUUUAGCAGCAGAUGCAUCCAAUUCAGGUGUUGGUGCACUUAUUUAUCAUCGUUAUCCUGAUGGAACAGAAAAAGUUAUUGCUCAUGCAUCAAAAACUUUAACAUCAACUGAACGUAAUUAUGCACAAAUCGAAAAAGAAGCUUUAGCUAUAGUUUAUGGGGUACACAAGUUUGAUCAAUUUUUACGUGGUCGAAGAUUUACACUUCUUACUGAUCAUAAACCAUUAACUACUAUUUUUGGUUCAAAGAAAGGUAUUCCAACAACAUCAGCUAAUCGUCUUCAACGUUGGGCACUUCGUUUAAUGGGAUAUAUUUAUGAUAUUGAAUAUCGUUCAACAUCCAAGUUUGGUCAUGCUGAUGGAUUAUCUCGUUUACCUAUUGGUUCAGAUAAAGAUUUUGAUAUUCAAGAUCCAGGUGAAAUAGGUUUAGUUGCUUUAAUUCAACAAGAAUUACAAAAUGAUUUACCACUUCGUGCUAUACAAAUUUCUAAAGCAACUCAAAAAGAUCCAAUUCUUAUGCAAGUUUAUAAUUAUACAUUAUCCGGUUGGCCAUUAUCUAUUAAUGAUAAUUUACAACCUUAUUAUCGAAUUCGUAAUGAACUUUCAACAUCACAUGGAUGUAUUAUAUGGGGUCUUCGUACAAUUAUUCCAAGUUGUUUUAGAAAUUAUCUUUUAAAUUAUCUUCAUUUAUCUCAUCCUGGAAUGACUAGGAUGAAAAUUGAUGCUCGACGUUAUUUUUGGUGGCCAUCACUUGAUAAACAAAUUGAAGAUCGUGUUCGUAAAUGUUCUAAUUGUACGGAAAAUUCUAAACAACCAAUUAAAGUUCCAUUAUCACCAUGGCCUGUACCUGAUCAACCAUGGAAACGAAUUCAUUUAGAUUUUAUGGGAAAAUUUAUGGGUUUAUAUUUUCUUAUUAUUGUUGAUGCAUACUCCAAGUGGUUAGAAGUUGUUACUAUGCAUAAUCCAUCAACCAAAUCAACGGUUGAUGCAUUAUCAUCUUUAUUUGCUCGUUAUGGUUUAUGUGAAACCAUUGUAUCGGAUAAUGGUACUCAAUUUACUUCAACAGAAUUUACUGAAUUUUGUGCUCGUAAUGGUAUUCAACAUAUUACAACUUCACCAGGACAUCCUCAAUCUAAUGGACAAGCAGAACGUUAUGUAGACAUUGUUAAAUCUGCUUUAAAAAAAGGAUUGUUUUAUGGAGGAAAAAUAUCUGAUGUUCUUUUAAAAUUUUUAUUUUGUUACAGGACGACACCUCAUGCAACAACAAAUUCAAGUCCAGCUGAAUUAUUUUUUAAACGACAAUUAAGAACAGUAUUAGAUUUAUUACGACCUAAUACAAUCGAUUCAUCAUAUACAUCUCAAUGUCGUUAUAAAAAAAAUUUUGAUCAACAUACAAAGGAACGUUAUUUUCAAAAAAAUAAUAAAGUUCUUGUUCGUGAUUUUCGAAAUAAUUCAAACAAAAUUAAAUGGACACCCGGUGUACUUAUUGAUCGUCAAGGAUCUCGAAUUUGGAUUGUUAAAGUUGAAAAUUAUACUUGGCGUCGUCAUGAGAAUCAAAUAAAACAUCGUGAAUGGUCAACAGAUGAAGAUGUUAUUACUGUCGACCCAACAAUAACACCAACAACUGAUCAUAAUAAAUCCUCCUCGUCUUCUUCUUCUACAUCUCAUAAUGGUUUACAAGUACUUCGACGUUCUUCACGUUUAAAGAAACCUGUAAAACGUUUAAUCCAAGAGAUUUAG